CUUUUAUGUAUAUGUCAUCAACUUUUACUCAUGAAUGUAUUGAGUAAGUAUAAAUGCACGAUAUUUUCAAAAAACGAAGUCAGUAUUAGAAAUAAUUAAUAGCAGAAGUGUUGAUCGUUACCGAGUGUGAUGAGCAUUUAAGGCUCAUCGAGUGUAUGUUUCUGAUUUAGUUUGAAAAGGUAUAAAGAGCGUUAUGUGUAGGAUGAAUGGAUGACAAUGAGUUAUCUCAUAUAUGGAUUGACAUAAAUCGUUUGAAUAUCUAGUAAUCAGGUUUUGGAGAUUAUUUGUAGAUCCCACAAUGUUUGCCAAGAUUUAAUUAAUUAGGCUAAUAGAGUAGUUUAUUAAGUACCAGAAAGAGUUGUAAUUUCAUUCGAAAAAGGCAAACAUCGCUGAAAAAAUUAUGAUGAAAAUUUCACGUUACAUACGUGUGUUUUUGUUACUUAUCACAUGCUUCUUAUACUUUCUUACGCGAAUAUUUAUCAUAAAUAAUGGAGAGGAAGAUGAAGAGAGAAUUAAACGUAAUCGUGACGACGAUAAGAAAUCUUUUGUUUUUACAUCAUCACAACGUCGAUUGUUAAGUAUGAGUGAACAUGAAAAUGGUCAAGAUACAAAUUCCAUACAAUCACAGCAUGAUUUAGUCACACAAAAUAACAAUGUUAGAUCUGAUACCAUUGCACGACCGGAAGAAUUGAAUUAUUAUGGAAGUCAAGCAGUUCUUGAAUUAGCAAUAUAUGAGUCUGUUCAAAAUGGUACAAAUGCUGUAAAGAAGAGCAGCAGUAGGAUAAUAGCACACAUUUUGGUGUCAUGUUAUUGUUUUUGGAUGUUAGCCAUAAUUUGCGACGAAUAUUUUAUGGCAUCGAUUCAUGUUUUUUGUCAUAAGUUAAAAAUAAAACACGAGCUUGCUUCUGGUACAUUUAUGACAAUGGCAACAUCAAUGCCAGAACUGUGCAUUAGUUGCGUAGGAACAUUCAUCUCUGACGGUGGAAUUGGCAUAGGAACAAUCGUUGGCUCAGCAAUAUUUAAUAUUUUGGUCAUCACAGCUUGUUGUGGAAUCUUGACACGCUCAAUUAACAAAGUAGAUGUUUAUCUACUCAGCCGAGACUGUAUUUUUUAUGCUCUUUCUAUUAUCGGACUCAUCGCUGUGAUUUAUGACCAUCUCAUAAUGUGGCAUGAAGCUGCUUUAAUGGUUGCUGGAUAUGGCGUCUACUUAACUAUGAUGUAUAGCAACGAUAUCAUGGCUGAAAAAACGAAGCUCAUUGCACGAAAACUUAAGAUUCAAUUUUCAAUGGUUUCAUUACAACUGUAUUAUGCUGAAGAUUUUAACGAUGAUAAAGUAACGGAAAUCACUCCACUUUUUAUGCGUGCUGAAUCAAUUAAUAUUGAGAAUCAUAAAUACAGCAAAUAUAAAGAAAACAUCAAAUUGGUCGUGGAAUAUGAAAAAUUGGACGAAGAUGAUGAAGACUGUGCAAUAAAUCCAUGGAAACUACAAAGAUUAUCUAGUCUUCCUCUUUUUAUUCUAAAAUGGCCAAUAACUUUCAUUUUGUGGUGUUCAAUACCCGAUUGUCGAAGAUAUGAAAAGUUUUUCGUUAUCACAUUUAUCAACUGUGUAGCAUGGAUACUUUGCUUAAGCUAUUUAAUAGCUUCGAUGAUUGCAAAUGUUGACAGUAUUAUGGGAAUAAUAUUUCUAGGUGCAUGUACAUCUAUACCUGAAGCGGUAUCGUCAGUGAUUAUGAAUAUGAAAGGGAAUGCCAAUAUGGCAAUAAACAACGCAAUAAGUUCAAAUAUUUUUGAUAUUCUAUUGUGCUUAGGACUGCCAUGGUCGGUGAGAACGAUUCUUAUUCCGCUGAUUUUGGGAAAGCCACGGAUCACGCUCGCCUCAACUGGAGUCACGUAUUCUGCAAUCUCAUUGCUUGCUACACUCUUUGUUUUUGUAUUUUUAUUCAUCAUCAACAGAUUCAAGUUGGAUAGAAAAAUUGGAAUCAGCUGCUCAAUAUUUUAUCUAGUAUUUCUCAUAUUCACAUUUAUGCUUGAAAUGAAUCUUUUUAUUCCUAUGAAUUUUCCAUCCAUUUCAGCGAUUAAUGGCUUAAUUUGAAUAUGAGUGCAAAAAUAAGGUUAGAAUGUGAUGCUGACUUUUUUGUUCAGCAUAUGACCCACCGAUUAUAACCUUAAUCUACAUAAUACUAAUAUAUGCAAACGAUAUUCUUUACGAUGAGGUUAGCAGAAGAAAAAAAUAUGAUAAAUUACAGUCUAUUGUUUUGCAAUACAACAACAUCUAUUCAGAUACGUGCUUUAAAGUGAUUAAGUGAUUACGUCACAUAUUUAUGCAAUUGGGGAUUGAGAGCUAGUACGAAUUUGUGGUGAUAAAACAUUUUGGAUUCUCAAACUUGAAUUCUCAAUUGACGUUACUUAUCAACAACCCCAAAUAGUGUAUGCGAUAAAUCUUAAACUUGAUAGACCAUUUGUAUGUUAAAAUCAUCGCGCAUACAUAUAUAGUUCCAUUGUUUAUGCUUAUCGAAAUGAAAAUUAGGUCUCCGACAUAUUACAUAGUAUUGCAUAUUACACAGGUAUUACAAUACACUGUUUUUAUUUUUUUAAUAUUUCUGUGGAAUUCAUACAUAUGAAUAUUUUUUAAUAUCCAUACUCAAAUUGUUGAGAAAUUACAUUAAACAUUACGGUGGAGAAUCAAUGAAAGUGAAAUUAGUGAAAUAUAUAAAAAAAUGCUUUCGUUUGUUUCCAUGACCACAAAAAAGUUUUCAAUAUCAUCUCGAGUGAUUAACCUAAUGGAGCAAUGGACUCUGCAUAAAUAAUUGAUUUCAUGUUGGUUUAAUUUUAGAGAUAAUUUGACACAACAUGAAUCAAUUACUUUUACCAAUUUUACGAACACUCUUGGGUGACUUCUUUUCAGAGAAUCAAAAUGUGAUUACACACGAUUAGGUUGUGUAAUGAUUUUUAUUAGCUUCCCAUUUUUUCGUUCAAGUAAACGCACAAAUUAUUUUUGAUAAUAUUUUCGCAGUUCCCAAUUUUAAACAUCAAAUCUAAAAUAUUGCCAGUAAUAUAUUUAUCUUGACAUUUCGCCUAAACAUCUUGUCUUAAAAACUACCAUGAGCAUUUAAUAACUUCAAAAGUUGAAAUAAUUGAGCGAAAAAGAUGACAUAAAUGUUGCGUGAAAUGUCACUUUAGUGCUACCAGAUUAUUAACAAUGAGAUUUUUUAA